AUGUAGCGGGCGCUGCCAGGCGUGGAGCGUUUCCCUCGCUCGCUCUGGUGGCGCGCCGGCCGCGCGGCGCGGGAUGGCGGCGAUGGCGAGCGCGGAGGGGCAGCCGGCGCCUUCCGCCUGGCCGCCGGCGCUGGUGCGGGAUCCGCUUAGCUCGGCGCUGCUGGCCGCGGCGGGGCUGCUGCUGCUGGCGCUGCGCUGGCUGCUGGGCCGCCGGCCGCCGCGGGGGCUGCCGCCGGGCCCCAAGCCGUGGCCGCUGCUGGGCAACUUCGCCUUCGCCCUCCUGCCCUCCGCGCUGGGGCGCCAGCGGCUGGUCCGCGCCGGCAAGCUGCCCCCCGGCGGCGGCCCCCCGCGGCCCGUCGCGGCGCACCUGGCGCUCACCGGCCUGGCCAAGCUCUACGGCAGCAUCUUCUGCUUCUUCGUGGGCAGCCGCCCCGUCAUCAUGCUCAGCGACUUCGAGGCCGUGCGCGACGCGCUGGUCAACCAGGCCGAGGUCUUCAGCGACCGGCCCAGCCUGCCCCUGGUCACCCUCCUCACCAAGAAGAAGGGCGUUGUGUUUGCACCUUAUGGGAAAGUAUGGAGAAAACAGCGGAAGUUCUCUCAUUCGACUCUCCGUCACUUUGGAUUAGGCAAGCAUAGCCUGGAGCCUAAAAUCAUUGAAGAAUUCAGAUAUGUGAAGGAAGAGAUUCUGAAACAUGGGGAGAAGCAGUUUAACCCCUUUCCCAUCAUUGGCAACGCAGUCUCCAAUAUCAUCUGCUCCAUGGCCUUCGGCAGGCGUUUUGACUAUGAUGAUGUUGGCUUUAAGACAAUGCUGAGCCUCAUGUCACGCGCCCUGGAGAUGAGCCUGAACAUCCACAUCAUUCUGGUGAAUAUCUGCCCUUGGUUGUACUACCUCCCUUUCGGUCCCUUCCGAGAACUGAGGCAGAUAGAGCUGGACAUCACAGCUUUCCUAAAGAAAAUAAUUACACAGCAUAGGGAAAGCCUGGAUGCCCAGAAUCCCCGGGACUUUAUAGAUAUGUACCUUCUCCAAGUGGACGAGGAGAAAAGGACCAACAGCGAAAGCAGCUUUGAUGAAGACUACCUGUUCUAUAUCAUUGGGGACCUUUUCAUUGCAGGCACAGACACCACAACCAACACGCUGCUCUGGUGCCUGCUCUACUUGUCGCUUCACCCCCGAGUCCAAGAAAAAGUCCAAGAAGAAAUUGAAUUGGUCAUUGGACGGGAUAGAUGUCCUUCCCUUGCUGAUAAGGCGAACAUGCCCUUCACAGAAGCCACCAUCAUGGAAGUUCAGAGGAUGACUGUGGUUGUUCCUCUUUCUAUUCCUCGGAUGGCAUCAGAAACGACUGUGCUCCAGGGCUACACCAUUCCAAAGGGAAGUGUAAUCUUCUGUAACUUGUGGUCCGUGCACAGAGAUCCCAGCAUAUGGGAGAACCCGAAUGAUUUCCACCCUGAAAGGUUUCUGGAUGAAAACGGCAAACUCCUAAAAAAGGAAACAUUCAUCCCUUUUGGCAUUGGAAAACGUGUGUGCAUGGGAGAACAGCUAGCCAAGAUGGAGCUCUUCUUGAUGUUUACAAGCCUCCUGCAGCAUUUCACCUUCCUGUAUCCAGAGGACUUGAAGAAGCCACCAAUGGAAGGAAGAUUUGGUCUGACCUUAGCGCCAUUUCCAUUCAACGUAAUUGCCUUAAAGAGAUGAAGGCACUCCAGAGGAGAAUGCUGCAUGAUGUUUGUGUUACUCUUAUGAAAUUCAGGGCUAUAUAUUAAAUGCACUUCACUAGCAAAAUCACCAACCCUGAGCAGGGAUGGGGAACCUGUAGCCCACAGGUUACCCAAAAUUCAUCAAGCACUUUUCCCUUGGCAUGGGGACUGUUUAGUAAGAUUUGUGAACCUCUUUUAUGAGUGGAGGGUGGGGUGGGAAUAAAGAUUUUCUAAUCUUCUUUGUUGCAGAAUGAUGCAUUUAAAAUGGUGCAGAAACUCUCAAAUGGUAAGUAGUUUUUUAUAUUGAAUUCUGAUAUAUAAUUUAACAGUGGAUUCAGGAUGAAAAAAAUACAAUGAAGUGGAAUAUUUGGAUAUCUUUUUCAUAAAGGAGCCAUGAACAUCCUUUUGAAAGGACACAUUGAGGGUACUGGCAGACCUACUUUGAAAAGAGGACUUGUUGCAGUUUUUCGUCACCCAGGUUGUGCCUGGCUUCUAUCCACCUUCACUGUGAAAAGAACUGAGGCACAGGGCACCAGCUGAGUCCUCAGUCUUCUCUCUCCCACUGUGCUUCAGGCAGACUGUCUGCUUUGUUUAAAAUGCUAAAAUACAGCAUGCACAUUUAUUCAAUCACAUGUAAAUUGGUGACUCUCUCUGCCCCCCACUUUAAAUCAGAAAUCGUUUUUAAGAUGCUGAAAAAACAGGGUUAUUGACAGCAAUGGUUUCAGCCAAUCAGAACUGUACAGAGUUGGUUUCUAGUACAAUCACACAGAGCUAGUUUUCCUUGAGCUUAUUUUGGGAGAGGAAGUCAAAGCAUGAUGGGUUCGUUUCCAGGAGGAGCUCGCAGCUUAUUUUAUGUACAUCUGUAGGCUCCUGAAAUUUGUCAUAUGGAACCAUUUAAAAGUUGAUACUUUGGAGCAGUGACAUUUGCUUUUUUUUCCUACUUGGGACUUGCCUGCAUUAUGAAUUAACUGUAGAUCCAUGCUGAAUUGAAACUGAAUUAAUCAACAACUGAUCUACAGCAUCUACCCCGAAAACACCUGAGGAUUUAUGUAAGUGCCAUGGGAAUGUUUACAUGGUUCCGACUGUACUACUGUGAAGACAGGCAACUUUUCUCACUUCACUCAGCACAGUACAGAAUGCACAGAAAGAGAAACCUCAUACUAGCUUGUUUUGCUGUAUGUGGGAGGAAUCCUGUCCAUGUGUUCUCCCUUGCCUUUCUUUCUUCUUCCUUCAGUGAAAAUACGCAUUGCAAAGAGUAAUGCAUGUAUCCAUGGUUAGCUCAUUUUCCAUAUUAUUAAUGAAUUUUGUUGGCAGACUUGGGUUUGUACUCAUUGUGGUCGCAAUAUACAAUUCCACAUUCUUGUGGAAGGUGAGAAAACUUCAUCAGGGCCAUCCAGGAACACGGGAGGCAAGUAGUUGUUUGUGUGCACACGUAUCAAUCACAUAUCCCAGGAAGGAAACUACACUGCCAAAGCCUUGGGCUGGCCUUCUUGGCAGGGAAGAACCAACUACUAUGUAAAUACAGCAUUCCAUUUCUAAUUCAUUGCUGGUUAAAGGAGAUGCAAAGGUGGUACAAACUUAUGGAUCGACACUGCAGGUUUGAGCUACAGUAAGCUUGCAUUGUGGAGAAGCCAUGAGGGUCGAGGGUUGGAAGUUCUGGGACUAUUCCUAAAAGAGUGGAAUCUUCAAUAGGAAAGUUUAAAUUUGCACUGCUAAUUUUCAGCUGAAUACUGUUAAAUAACCAGACCAAGAAGCAAACAGCACUGCAAGGCUAGCAGUGCGAAUUUGUAUGGCAUGUGAGCCUCUUAUAAUAAGGCACCCUUCUAAUGAUGCACUUUAUCAUUUUGGUAAAAAUCCAAAGACCUGUAUUUCUACCUUAGGAGGCAUGAAUGGCCUCAUUAAUGACGUAUGUAGGUUGCCUGUAUCACGUUGAUGUUAAUUCUGCCUGCACUUUCCCCCCCUCUCCAAAUGAAUUUAAGGAUGUAAGAUGUCAUUACCAUUUGAGACUUGCUGUUUUAAAAACGUGCCUCUAUUUCUACAUACAACCUGAGAUCCUGUUCCUCAGUGUGAAUCUCUUUGUCUAAAUAAACUUUUUAUUUUAAAAGCGA